AUGGCAACGGGAUGCUCCAGCAACCCAAUACAAUCCUCGUGGAUUGUUUUUGGCAUUUUUUUCUUGUUUAUCUUUGUUAUACUAACCCAGCCGCCCUCACCCGCCAGUACUUCCCCCUCCAGCAGCAUUGGAGAUGGGUGCCCAUCCCUUCUACUCGCUCCCAAGUCUCUCGAACUUGGGGUCAGGAACCGGAGGACCCCAGCAACGUGUUUCCGGUUUCAAUAUCCCAUCGAUAAACGCCGGAAACGAGUCGAGUCACAACGUGACAAAAACCGAAACGGGCCCCGAACUUCGCCGACUCUCGUCGGUGGGAAUGAACCACAACCCUUCGCAGCUCCCACCUCCUACGCCAAUGAACAACGAACAACCCUCGGCACUGGCUCCUCCUGGAAUGCCAGCCGGCGUUCCCAAUCGCACUGCUACAACCAACGUUUACAGGACAUUGAACGUCAGAGAUGCAUUGUCGUAUUUGGACCAGGUGAAGAUCCAGUUCUACAGUCAGGCAGAUGUCUACAAUAA